GCGGGCGGGUGGCCGUCCAUCACAGCGUCUUUCCCGGUCCCUCAGCCAUGCCCGCCUCCGAGGCCGUGCCGGAGCCGUCCCCCAGCAAGAAGCAGAAGGGCUCGGGUCCUGGAGAGACCUCCGCGAGGCUCCGCUUCACCAAGCUGUCCGAGAAUGCUUUCACCCCCUCCAGGGGUUCCCCGCGGGCUGCGGGCUACGAUCUGUACAGCGCCUAUGACUGUGUGAUACCACCGAUGGAAAAGGCUGUGGUAAAAACAGACAUUCAAAUAGCACUUCCUUCUGGAUGCUAUGGCCGAGUAGCACCACGUUCUGGUUUAGCUGCAAAGCAUUUCAUAGAUGUUGGAGCUGGUGUUAUUGAUGAGGAUUACAGGGGAAAUAUUGGUGUGGUACUGUUCAACUUUGGCAAGGAGACGUUUGAAGUUAAAAAAGGGGAUAGAAUUGCCCAGCUCAUCUGUGAACGCAUUUAUUAUCCUGAGCUAGAAGAAGUUGAAACUCUGGAUGACACAGAACGUGGUGAAGGUGGCUUUGGCUCUACUGGAAAGAAUUGAAAAUUUACUUGAAUGUGCUUCCUUUUUUUUUUUUCUUUUUUUUCUUUUUCCUUUUUUUUUUUUUUUUGUUGUUGUCCUGUUUCUAAAUUUUCAUCUUAAUUAGAAGUAGGAUUUUUGGAGUACAUAAAAAUAUUUCAAGUUUUAUUGAGACUUCUCCCUAUCUAUCCUCCAGUGAAUUUGUCUGCAUAAUGAGGAAAUAUGCAUGACUGGCUUGACUUACUAGUUGAUGGCUUAUUUUUUCUUUCAAGAUGUUUGGUCCACAGCAAUAAGAUCUCAUUGCUUAUGUGGCAUUUAUACUGUAAUAAAUGGAAAAAUAAUGAUUUUUUUUAUUUUACUCACCUAAACUACAACAGCCAAUUGUUCCCUUGCCAGUUUUUGUUAGAUUUCUGAAAGCUAUCUUCCAUAUGGCUCAGGAUUCAUACUGAGAGCCUAUUUCAUAUCAGUGACAGUAUCAAUAGAAUUUUCCACUAUCGCCCCUAAAUUAGAGUAAGACAAAGAUAUUUAAUAUUGCAUCCUCUAUAACCUGUCCAAAUACUUGUGUUUAUGUUCAAAGCCAAAGUUCUGACUUUGAUCUUUAGCUGAUCUUCAAGUGACCAUUUUUUCAGCUCUAAGUGGCUAUUUUUCCACUUUACAUAAAAGAAUUAGAAAAGGCUCUGAGGCUCUCAAACACUUUUUUCCUGCAGCUGUCUGUUCUUUAAGAUUUUCUUAUCUGGAAGAUCACAGUUAAGAAAUACUGUGCUUGAAGUUUUAGCAGUGGAAAGAUGAGCCCUUUGUAGGCUGGUGUUCAUACUGCUCAUCUGCUUGGUAGUUUCAGCUCAGGGUAAUCCUGUCAGUAUUAGUUUCAUGUUCUUGUCUAGGACUGUUUUUAGUGAAGUAGGCCUGAAGCACUACACAUUUUAUGCAUUUUAUCCUGCCUGCCCCUGUAAGGAGCUGGAAAAUAAAGAGCAAUGUGACAGCAUUCAGAUCCCUUCAGCCAUGGGGAUAGGCAUUACACUGGCUUGGCAGUGCUGAAACGAGUAGAUUUAUCUUUGUCUAAGGUAGAAGCCUUUUCCUCUUAAGUGCAUGAUAUGCUGAUCAGUUGUUUUGCUGUUGGUCCUUACCCCUCAUCACAACACUGUACUUGUGUCUGUACCCCCAGACAGACCAUCAGGAGCAGGCACACACUGCAAAAGGCCAGUGUAAGCAAGGAGCACAUCAUACCAAUGCAGUCUAAAUCAAAGUAACAAAAUGAGAAUCACUUUAACUAAAAAUUACAUUGGGCUGAUAACUAUCACUGACCAGAUCCAGGCAAGGCUACUCUUUAAUUCAGCUACUCUCAUCUGCAAGAGAAGUUACAAAGAAAAAGAAAAGCUUGAAGAACAAUCUUGUGGAACAUCCUCUGCGUAAAUGAAACAUGAAACUAAUUUGUUGGGUAUUCCUAUCUAUAGCUGAAAGAAUAAUUUUUCUGCAAGGAAAGGAAAAGGACAUUACUGACUAACAAUCUGCUUCUUUUUUUAGAAAUUGACUUGACUUGUUACAGGGAUAGAGAAAAUCUGACCUUCCACCCCAGGUGAAUUUGGGGGAACGUUGAGAUGCUUGGCCCCAGAUUUAUCUCCAUGUUUUGAGUUCUAUUUUGAGGUCUGAGAGGGUUCUAUUUUUUGGUUUCAUCUGCAAUAUUUAUGAUAACCUUUAUGUCCUUAGAAAGGCAGAGGAUCAUAAGCUGAUGAGGGUUUUGAAGAAACAUGGGAUUCUUAUACAAUUCCUACCACUUGAACUCUCCACUUUUGGAUAAAAAUCCUAAGCCAAAAAUUUUGGCAGUAAUACCACUGCUACCAUUGAGCUUUAAUUCUUUCUUUCCCCCAGAAUUUUAACCUGGUGUUUAGUAGUUGAGAAUUUAGGCACAGCUUCCUCAGCUCAGCUACUGUUAUAUUACUCUAUGGCACGUUAGGAAUUUUUUAUCUGUUUAAUGUUUUCUAGAUCAGCCACUAGAUGGCACUUAAAGCCUGCUUUCUUUUCCACUUCUUUUUCAGAGGUAUUUUUCAAAGAUCUGUUCAUCUAUAAUUAAGAGUUGAUGACUCCCACUGGGACUAUGUUGGUGGAAAGCAAGAUGCAAUAUUUGAGUGAAAGCAGGCAAAAGUAUAACCAUUAAAGAGGGAACAAUGACUAUAAUUUAAAUAAGAUUUGGGUGGUUGCAGUGUUUGCAUAAUCCCUCCUGGCAUGCAAGAGCAGUAGAGAAGCCUGUGGCUUUUCUCUCCUGCUGCGUUUCAACAAAAAUGGAAAAUUGUAAUGAACAGCAACAUUUUUCCUAUCUUUCGUAUUCACUGUGUUCUUACUCUCCCUUCAUUCCUUUAAGUGGAAUGCAGUCUACUUAAGGAUUGCACUGUAAUGAAAGUAAUGUAUAGUCUGGUAAACUCUGCUUUGGAUUUUCUAAAUCGGAUGCCUCUGGCUGCAAGUUCAGGAUAUAAAUUAAAAAUUACUUAAUACACAUUAACUCAGUAAGGGCGAGUGAUAUACAGUAACCUGAAUUAUGUAAAUUAAGGUUCCCUAGUUUCUGUAUUGGUUGCUAUUCCUGUAAUAACACAGUUUGGAUUUUGUCUUCCUUCUUGUAUUUGUCUUCCUCCUCGCCUUUUAUUUUUUAAAAAAUUUUUGUUGUUAUUAAAUAACUAUCAUUGUAUUUUGGCUUAAAGAUGGUUAAGUAAGUUUUGGUAUUAAGUAAACUUCUAUGACCCUGCCUAUUUCCUGUCCUGUCAAACCUUUCCUUGUAAGAAUAACAGUGUCCUUUUA